GAGUAUUCGGAGGUCCAUCGGCGGUCCCUGAAGUAAAUCCUUUAUGCAUCUGAAUGUGAGCGAGGGAGCAGCAAUAAUGAGAAAAAUCCUUUUUAAAAGAUGAUUUUUCUUACAUGGGCUGCUACGACGCGAAGGUCUCGGCUCUUCCUCUGCGACUCCCAACCCCGCUUCAGCUCCAUACCUCUCCGAUUGGCAUCCCGUUGAAGACUUCCAGAAACCCUAAUAAAUAUCCGCUGCGAAACCCUGGGCCAUCCUCCUCCUCCUCCUCGUGCCCUGUCCAGCCUUCAAAACGAGCAAAUUCUGGCGUGAACCGCGGAAAGUUCUGGGUAUUUUGAUCAUCGCAUCCCAACCCGCAAACUCUCUCUUUCUGCCUGGCCCAAGAGCUAACCAUCCUAGUAGGAGGCGUGGCAUUUCGAGAUUCGGCAAGUUUCCUGCUGUAAGCGUAUUUUCUCAACUGCCGGCAACACCAUGCAGUGAUACAGCCAAACUAAUUGAUCAACAUGCUAUAUCAGUAUAUCUGAAGAAUCUUGGGAUACACAAAUGGAUGAUCCUUCCAUUCGAGAAAAUGGAAGCACCUUCUCGUUGUGCCAACAGGAUUGGAUUGAAGCACAGGAUCUGCUCAAGGGAAAACUGAUUGUUGAAGAUGAUUUCACAUGGAUAAUACCAUCACAUGACUCAAGUUCACUAGAAGGUUUCAAAACUGAGAAGCUAAAGUAUAUUGGUGGGGUUGAUAUCAGCUUCUUAAAAGAGGACCCUUCUACAGCAUGUGCUGCUCUCAUAAUUCUGGAUGCUGAUACUUUGAAUGUUGUCCAUGAAGAGUUUGAUGUUACCAAACUGCAAAUUCCUUAUGUUCCUGGUUUUCUUGCUUUUAGAGAGGCUCCAAUUCUUCUAGGACUCUUGGAUAAACUGAAGCAUAAUGCUCAUCCUUUCUACCCUCAGUUAUUGAUGGUUGAUGGCAAUGGGUUGCUUCAUCCUCGAGGUUUUGGUUUGGCUUGCCAUCUUGGUGUCCUUGCUAAUCUUCCUACCAUUGGGAUAGGAAAAAAUUUGCAUCAUGUGGAUGGCCUUACUCAGUCUUGUGUGAGGCAAUGUCUAGAAGCAAGAGAAAACUGUGACAAGGAUCUGAUCCCAUUAAUCGGGAGGUCGGGGAAUAUAUGGGGAGUGGCAAUGCGAUCCAGUCCUGGUUCAUCAAAACCCAUUUAUAUAUCAACCGGCCAUCGGAUAUCCCUUAACUCUGCCAUCAGGAUUGUGAAAUUGUCUUGCAAAUUUCGUGUUCCCGAGCCAAUCCGGCAGGCUGAUAUAAAAUCAAAGGUAUUCCUUCAGAAGUUUAAAGGAUCAGCACACUUAAUGAAAUAAAUAGGUCAUGCUCCUGGUGUGAGGAAAGGAAGAGCUUGAAGGAAACAUCCAUCUUUGGUGAAAUACUUCUGUCUAGCAUUAGAUGGGUCAAGAUCAUGGUUCUCAGUCCAGACAUUAUUUAUAGAAGAAUGAUUUAGUGAUAUAUCAGGAUUCUAAAUAAAGCUGGAUGAGUGCUUAAGAGGGGCAGUCAGGUGGUGUGAGUUAAAGUUGAAAAGUUUCAGCCAUGAGAGCACAUCUGCUGUUGCUGCUGCUAUUUAUGAUGAUGCUAGCAACCGUACCUGUCUCUAGCUCUUCACAGGGGGCAUUGCAGUUAUGGUUAGCAUCAGCACCUCAAGUAUCUUUUGACACCGACCUGCCUCAAGAUGGAGGGGCUUGGAUGCAAGAAUAUAUCUGGGAAGAUGUUUUAUUGGCCCAGAAGGAAGAUUAUGGAUUCAUGGUUCUGGUGCCAGUUAAGUAUCAUGGUGCACUAGCUGCUUCUAUUUCCGGUGCCUGACGUUGCUUGUUCUCUCAAUAUUCUUUUUCUGAAUAUUCAUGCAUCAUGAUUAAAAGUAACCGUAUCUUCUAUCAGUUUGUCCACAUAUCAUGAUAUUUCUGAUAUAAUGUAUUGAAAGCUACAUAUCCACUAAAUAAAAAGGUUGUGAGAAGUUAAAUACA